AUGUCUCGAGCCAUCCUUAUAACCUGCGUUCUCAUCCCUCUCAUCGCCAUCGUACUUCUCUAUUGCAUAUACAAGCCACCAGGUCUUCUGAUCCGCUACUGUCAGCGUCGCUGGCCGGACGUGCUCUUCCACGUCCCCACGGAGAAAAAGAUCGUCGCGUUAACAAUCGACGACGCGCCCUCCACGUACACUCCUGCGAUCUUGCGUUCAUUACAAGCGCACAAUGCUACUGCGACAUUUUUCGUGAUCGGGACCCAGGUCCCAGGCCUUGAACCUGUCUUGGCUGAUUUGGUUCGCGCAGGUAAUGAACUCGGCAAUCAUGCUAUGUACGAUGAGCCAUCGCGAUUACUCAGUAACGACCUUUUGGAAGAUCAGAUGCGUCAAGUGCAUGGCCAGAUUCAAGAGGCUUACUCUACGGCUGGCAGUCAAUGGAGAAAAUGGCUCUUUCGUCCUGGGGGAGGGGUUUUCAGUUCGCGGAUGCGACAACUGGUGAACAGACUCGGAUAUCGGUUGGUGCUUGGCAAUGUGUAUCCCCAUGAUCCGCAGGUGCCAUUCUGGAGAUUGAAUGCGGGUCAUAUUCUGAGUAUGGUCAAGCCGGGCAGUAUUAUUGUUUGUCACGAUCGCAGAGGGUGGACAGUGCCGAUGCUACAGAAGGUGCUGCCGGAACUGACUCGCAGGGGAUAUGAUGUGGUCGCCGUCUCGGAAUUAUUGAAAGAGACCGAUUGA